CUGUGUGUGGUCACGUGAUGCGGUGACGUCAGUGGAGCGGUCACAUGACUCUGUGUCAGGUACGGUCACAGCUGCGCUGGGAACAGGUGAGGUGAGCCGCCCGCUCCGGUCUCCGCUCCUCACCUCCGGUCUGUGCUCCGGUCUCCGCUCCCCUCUCUCCAGCAUGAGUUCGGUCCCGGAGUGGGUGCUCAUCUCCCUCAUCGCCGCGGUGGUCGCCCUGCUCCUCCUCACGCUCUUCGGCCUGGCCGUGUACUCGGGGCUGCUGACUGAGGUGGAGGUGAGAGCCGGGCCGCCCCCCAUCCGCGGAGUGGUCCUGGCCUACAAGUUCCGUGUGGGGCCCUAUGAUGAGAGCGGGAACCUGUACACGGAGAGCGUCAGCAUGGCCCCGAAACUGGUGUCCAUAGGGGUCUACUACGACAACCCCAUGAAGGUCCCUGUAGAGUUCUGUCGCUACAUUGUGGGCAGUAUCCUCAGCGAGGGCGAUGAGAAGCCACUCCCCGAUCACGUCCGAAUAUUCCGGAAACAUGGAUUCAAGUUCUGCGUGCUGCCUGAAGUGAACCAUGCUGUGAUGGCCACGUUUCCAUACACGACACCGUUCUCAAUACAGCUGGCCACCACCAGGGUGCACCCUGCGCUGGAGAAAUACGUAAAGGAGCGGAAGCUGAGUGCCCACCCCUAUGUGGAGAUCUAUAAAGGGGAUAAAAUCAUCUUCAUGUGCCCCUUGUCUCGUCAAGAUGACUUCUACGUACCUGAGAUGAAAGAGCUACUGAGGAAGGAGAGAGGAGAGGCGCCUCUGCCAGAGUCUGAAGGUGCUGAACUUGACCCCCUGUUAUUAGAGGACACUUUAAGCUUGGAGCUGGUGUCGGAAAAUCAGGAAGAGACCGAGGCUGAAGGCUCCCAACGAAAAGAGCCAACCAACAGCGAGAAGAGCCCCAGCGAAUCCGGGGCAAGCGCCUCGUCCUUCGAAGAACUGGACCUGGACGGCAACGCGGCGGCCAAAGACCAGCAGGAGGCAAAAACCGAAUGGAGUAAAAUGCCGGAGAGCUGGGAUAAAGAGAGAGCGGAGGAAUGACUGAUCGUAAACGAAUCCUUGUAGAUGAUUAUAGCCGUUAGUAAAGCCUUCACAUAGCGACAGCGCGCUCCGCCCCCCCGUGCACAUCCGCCGCGCGGUGCAGUCAGCUGCCAGCGGGGGGCUUUAGUUUAUAGACGCUCAGUUUCUUUGCAGGAAAACAAAAGUUUUAUUUGUCUUUUAACUUCUUGUAUUGAAGUUGUCGGCUCCGAGGAUCCUGCAGCUGCUGAUUUUUGGCAAGGUGAAUAUUAGCUGAGCGGAGAGCGAGGGCCGCGGGACCCGGAGAAGAGCCUCCUAUGAAGGCGACUCCGAUUGGCUUCACGCGCAUUGAAGAAGAGUCUUGUCCUCAGAGUGUCGGCCGGUUUCAAGGUCGGAAUAAAAUGUUAAGAAAUAAACUGCACAAGACGAAGACGCCGCGUCCUGAUUGAGCGGGACGGAAAUCUCUGUACACCAGCAGCGCCGCGCAGGGGUGUGACCGCGUGUGCGCUCAGAAAAAGUCCUUUAAUCUAAUGAGGCUUGAUUG